AUGCCUCCGCGCGCGCCGCCUGCGCCCGGGCCCCGGCCGCCGCCCCGGGCCUCGUCCGCCCCCGCCGCCGCGGACGCGGGGGGCGCCGGCGGGCCCGGGCUCCGGCCUCUCGCGCCGCGCCCCUGGCGCUGGCUGCUGCUGCUCGCGCUUCCCGCCGCCUGCUCAGCGCCGCCGCCGCGCGCCGUCUACACCAACCACUGGGCAGUGCAAGUGCUGGGCGGCCGGGCCGAGGCGGACCGCGUGGCCGCGGCGCACGGCUACCUCAACUUGGGCCAGAUUGGAAACCUCGAAAAUUACUACCAUUUUUAUCAUAGCAAAACCUUUAAGAGAUCGACUUUGAGUAGCAGAGGCCCUCACACCUUCCUCAGAAUGGACCCCCAGGUGAAAUGGCUCCAACAACAAGAAGUUAAACGCAGGGUGAAGAGACAGGUGCGGAGUGACCCUCAGGCGCUUUAUUUCAAUGACCCCAUUUGGUCCAACAUGUGGUACAUGCAUUGUGGGGACAAGAACGGUCGCUGCCGAUCGGAAAUGAAUGUCCAGGCGGCAUGGAAGAGGGGCUACACGGGAAAAAACGUUGUGGUCACCAUCCUUGAUGAUGGAAUAGAGAGGAAUCACCCCGACCUGGCCCCAAAUUAUGAUUCCUAUGCAAGCUACGAUGUCAAUGGAAACGAUUAUGACCCAUCUCCACGAUACGAUGCCAGCAAUGAGAAUAAACACGGUACUCGUUGUGCAGGAGAAGUUGCAGCUUCGGCCAACAAUUCUUACUGCAUCGUGGGCAUAGCAUACAAUGCAAAAAUAGGAGGCAUUCGCAUGCUGGAUGGCGACGUGACGGAUGUAGUCGAGGCCAAGUCACUGGGCAUCAGACCCAACUACAUCGACAUUUACAGUGCCAGCUGGGGGCCAGACGACGACGGGAAGACGGUGGAUGGACCAGGCCGGCUGGCAAAGCAGGCCUUUGAGUAUGGCAUUAAAAAGGGCCGGCAGGGCCUGGGCUCCGUUUUUGUCUGGGCGUCUGGAAACGGCGGGCGAGAAGGGGACUACUGCUCCUGCGAUGGCUACACCAACAGCAUCUACACCAUCUCCGUGAGCAGCACCACCGAGAACGGCUACAAGCCGUGGUACCUGGAGGAGUGCGCAUCCACCCUGGCCACCACCUACAGCAGCGGGGCAUUUUAUGAGCGGAAAAUUGUCACCACAGAUCUGCGUCAGCGCUGCACUGAUGGCCACACAGGGACCUCGGUGUCAGCCCCCAUGGUGGCGGGCAUCAUCGCCUUGGCUUUAGAAGCAAAUGUGGCCAUCAGUGGUCUGUCCUUGUGUCAUUGCAGCAGCCAGCUAACCUGGAGGGAUGUCCAGCACCUGCUGGUGAAGACAUCCAGGCCAGCCCACCUGAAAGCGAACGACUGGAAAGUCAACGGUGCUGGUCGUAAAGUUAGCCACCUCUAUGGAUUUGGACUGGUGGACGCGGAAGCCCUCGUCAUGGAGGCGAAGAAGUGGACGGCAGUACCCGCACAGCAUGUGUGUGUCGCUGCCACAGACAAGCGGCCCAGGAGCAUCCCUGUGGUGCAGACGCUGCGGACCACCACCCUGACCACCGCCUGCGCCGACCGUUCAGACCAGCGUGUGGGCUACCUGGAACACGUGGUGGCUCGUGUCUCUAUCUCCCACCCACGCCGAGGAGACCUCCAGAUCCACCUGAUUUCUCCCUCGGGAACCAAGUCUCAACUUUUGGCUAAGAGAUUGCUGGAUCAUUCCAACGAAGGGUUUACAAACUGGGAGUUCAUGACCGUGCACUGCUGGGGAGAAAAGGCUGAGGGGGAAUGGACCUUGGAAAUCCAAGACAUGCCAUCCCAGGUCCGCAACCCAGAGAAACAAGGGAAAUUGAAGGAAUGGAGCCUCGUCUUGUACGGCACGGCCGAGCACCCAUACAACACCUUCAGUGCCCAUCAGUCCCGCUCUCGGAUGCUGGAGCUCUCGGCCCCGGUGCCAGAACCACCCAAGGCUGCUCUGUCUCCCUCCCAGGCCGAGGUUUCCGAGGAUGAAGAGGACUACACAGGUAUGUGCCAUCCAGAGUGCGGUGACGAAGGCUGUGACGGCCCCAGUGCAGACCAGUGCUUGAACUGUGUCCACUUCAGCCUGGGGAACAUCAAGACCAGCAGGAAGUGCGUAAGCGCAUGCCCUCUGGGCUACUUCGAGGACACGACAGCAAGGCGCUGUCGCCGGUGCCACAAGGGCUGUGAGACCUGCACGGGCAGGAGCCCAGCCCAGUGCCUAUCUUGCCGCCGUGGGCUCUAUCACCAUCAGGAGAUGAACACCUGUGUGAUGCUCUGUCCUGCCGGAUUCUAUGCUGACGAAAGUCAGAGAAAUUGCCUUAAAUGUCACCCAAGCUGCAAAAAGUGUGUUGAUGAGCCAGAGAAAUGCACUGUCUGUAAGGAAGGAUUCAGCUUUGCACGGGGCAGCUGCAUUCCAGACUGUGAACCAGGCACCUAUUUUGAUUCCGAGCUGAUCAAAUGUGGGGAAUGCCAUCACACCUGCCAGACCUGCGUGGGGCCCAGCAGAGAAGAAUGUAUUCACUGUGCGAAAAACUUCCACUUCCAAGAAUGGAAAUGCGUACCAGCCUGUGGCGAGGGCUUCUACCCAGAGGAGAUGCCGGGCUUGCCCCACAAAGUGUGCCGAAGGUGUGACGAGAGGUGCCUGAGCUGUGAAGGUUCCAGUAGAAAUUGCAACAGGUGUAAGCCGGGCUUCAUGCAGCUGGGGACUUCAUGCAUCACCAACCACACGUGCAGUAACGCGGAUGAGACCUUCUGUGACAUGGUCAAGUCCAACCGGCUCUGUGAACGGAAGCUCUUCAUUCAGUUCUGCUGCCGCACGUGUCUCCUAGCUGGGUAGGGGCACCCUACCACCCACAGAGGGCAGGGCUCCUCCUGUCCGUCUGUCCAUCCGCCUUUCUCUGGACUGCCGGCCAAAGCCUGUUUUAGGGGCAGCGCCUGCAGCUGACAGCUUUACCUCCCCAGGAGCAGGGCCUCCACGGCAUCUCCGGGCACCCAGACCAGGUGGGUGGUGGGCCUUAAGGAGGUGUUCCUAAAGCAGUGAAGCCUCUCAAAGUCUGCUCGCUGGCUACGUUCUUCUCGUAAACUCAAAAUAGGAACAAGGUGAAUCCUGGGAAUCCAUGUCUCCAGCUUUGGAGCCGCUUCUGGGACCAUACGUUUACUGAAUCUUCAAGACCAAAGCAGAAAGGCAGAUGCUUGGCGUAACAUGUGACUCUUCUCCCCGCAGUAAACCUCACCCGUGGGACCAGCCCACAGAACCCUGGCAGCCUCCCACAUGAUGAAGGGCUGCGCGGUGCAGCUGCUCUUCCCCCUGCCACAGAGCAGCCCUGGGACAGUGUAGUCAGACUGUAAAUACAAUAGGUGUUUGGGCAUGAAAGUUAGGCCCACUGGGGAUGGAGCAUCUACUUCUGCAUUGUCAGCUACUUUUGAAAGGGCAGCGAUCGCUUUGAAAGCCCACUUCAAACCCGGAUGGGAAGGGCCUCCCUCCCUCUGCAGCAAGCUGAGCCCUUGUCACCACGUUCUGCCUGUGUCCUUAGGAGGCAUCCCGAGGCCCAGCCGAAGUAUGCCCCAUGGUCAAGCAAUUCCUUUGAACCAAAAUGUCAGCCCAGGCCAUGACUUGUUAAUGACCUGUCACUUCCCAUUUCGUGGAACCGCUUUCACACUGCACUCGGCCUCUGCUCUUCAAGGGGCUUGUCCUGGGUGGGUGCGCCUGCGUCUGUGUACUCUGAGCCUAAGGACACGGUGGGAUUUAUUUCUGCCAAACCUGUGUAGGCAUUUUAUAAGCUACAUGUUCUAAUUCUUACCAAUGUUAAUUAUUUUGACAAAUAUUUCAUAUAUUUUCAUUGAAAUGCACAGAUCUGCUUGAUCAGUUAGUUCCCUUUAAUAGGGGGUAACAUUUGCCUUAAAUUUUUUCAAGCGUGUUCUUCUCCAUUUUGUCCUGCUCCCCCCUCUUUGACAGCACUGCAUUUGCCUAGUCCCCACGUGCUGGGCAGAACCCAGCUGUUGUUUAUUGAACCCACACCUCCAAAAAAGAAAUCCACAAAGGAAAGUCAUUGUUAACCCUAAAUUAAUAAAAAUGUUAACAUCUCA